CCCUCGCCUACAGUUAGAAGAAUUUGCUAAGAAAACGUCAGGCAAAGCUACCACCCAGUUUCUAUCCAGCAGCCAUCCCUGCUCUCUCUUCCCCUCUUCUCUCACCCCUUUUCAAGCUCCCAACCACCCUUUUCUUCCCAAUUUUGCCACUAUAUCUUCCAGCUUCAAUGUCAGACUUCCUUUCCUGCCCCUGGCAGUUGUCUUUGCUUAGCUAUCUUCUUCCUCCCAUCUGUCAAGGAAAGAAAAAGCCUUUCUUACUUGAAUUCAUGAUGUUCCAGCAGGUCUUCGAGAAAAUGUGGUGGGAAUGCCAGUUGUAUGAGUGUCAUCCAAGGCAGCAGAUGCUUGGGAGCAGAUAGUGGAGAGCCAGACUGCCCCAAGUACCUUCCCUUUGUCACACACAGUGCCGUGCACCUGCCUCCUGCCUGAGGGGACAGGGCUCUGUGGGUUAGAAGGGACUCUAGAGAGCAGGAGGAACAUGGGAGAUUAGGGAUCAUCAUGAACUUUCCAAAGGCAGGGCCCUGGGAAACCAAGCACUGGCCCUGCCCAGAUGCUUAUCAGACUUGCAGUGACACCUACGAUCCUCUUGACAUUCUUUGCAAAAGACAAACAGGCAAUAAUGUCCUUAGUUUCAACACAGUGUAGUCAAAUUGCUGCUUACAGCAGUGAUACCAACCCAUUUGUGUCUUUGAUUAGUCAUCUCCCAGGACAAACUAUGUCUAAAUUAAGGAAACCUGUUAGAAUAGAAAGUGCCCCACCUUUUUAAGAAGAAGCUUCAGUUGUAUAACUAAAGACUGGUCUUCAUUUCUUGGCUGGUAACUUCCUGCUUUCACCACACCUACUGGGACAGGCAGAAAAAAAAAAGGGAGCAAGUUGCUGUCAGAGCCAGCAGACACAUGCCAAAGAAAUUGUGGGAUCCUUAAAGUCUCUUACCCAUAGAAGCUCCAUGUGGAAGUCCAUAUGCUGAGGCUGUGUGUUGUGUUCAUCUACCUUUUGCACGGGGUGAAAACAGAUCCUGGGGAGACAUGUCCUGCAUUCACAGCCCUCGGCUUCUGGAGCGCUUUGAUAGGGACAGAGCUGAAAGUGAAGCUGCUGCUCUACACCAGGCAGAACCCAACCUGUGCCGAGGAGCUCCACUCAACAACCUCCGAGUACCUCAAUGUGACCAAGAAAACCACCUUCAUCGUCCACGGGUACCGGUUCACAGGCUCUGCCCCCGUCUGGAUCCCCGACCUGCUGCAUCUCCUGCUUUCUGCAGAGGACAUGAACAUCAUCCUCGUGGACUGGAAUCAGGGGGCAACAACCCUCAUCUACAAUAAUGCUUCCAGAAAGUGCAAAAGAGUUGCUGAGAUUCUGAAGAAACUUAUUGAUGAAAUGCUGAUUCAUGGAGCAUCCCUUGACUCCAUGCACAUGAUAGGAGUGAGCCUGGGAGCACACAUCUCCGGCUUUGUGGGACAGAUGUUUGGUGGCGCACUUGGAAGAAUCACGGGCCUGGACCCAGCGGGGCCCUUGUACCGGGGAACCCCCCCCAGUGAGAGGCUGGACCCCACCGACGCACAGUUUGUCGACGUCAUUCAUUCCGACACCGACGGACUAGGUUACAGAGAAGCACUAGGCCACAUCGACUUCUACCCCAACGGCGGGACCGACCAGCCGGGCUGUCCACUGACAGUAUUUUCUGGAUUGCAGUACUUUAAAUGUGACCACCAGAGGUCUGUUUUCCUGUUCCUGUCCUCCCUGACACGGAGCUGCAACAUCACAGCUUAUCCCUGCGACUCGUACAGGAAUUACAGGAAUGGCAAAUGUACCAGCUGUGAAACCUUCUGGCCUAUGCCAUGCCCCAUCCUAGGUUAUUAUGCCCAUGAGUGGAAAAGCUAUUUAACACAACAGAGCCAUCCAGUGACAAGGAUGUUUUUCGAUACAGGGGACAAAGAGCCAUUUUGCAUUUAUCACUACUUUGUGGAUAUUAUCACGUGGAACAAAGACACCAGGAGAGGUACGUUCAGCAUCGUACUAGCUGAUGAGACUGGGAAGAAGGCAGAAUCCAAAGUUAAUCCAGAAGCUGCCACCUUCCAGCAGUACAACCAAAUUACUUUGCUCACGGGAUUCGACCAGGAUCUUGAAAACGUAGAGAAAAUUUCCUUGACAUUUUCCACAGGAUCUGUCAUUGGCCCAAAAUUCAAACUCAGGAUUCUCCAAAUGAGGUUCCAGUCACUCACGAACCCAGAAAGACCCCAGCUGUGCCGAUACGACCUUGUGCUGACGGAGAACACUCAGAGAACCUUCAAGCCCAUCCCGUGCUGAAGCCGAAACCCGAGGACGCCGUGUCUGGGCGGGGCAGGGGCAUUUCACAGCCGUGUGGGGACUCACCUGGCGGUCCCGGGACACUUCAGAGCCGUGUGGGGACUCACCUGGCGGUCCCGGGACACUUCAGAGCCGUGUGGGGACUCACCUGGAGCUCCCGGGACAUUUCACAGCCGUGUGGGGACUCACCUGGAGCUCCCGGGACAUUUCACAGCCGUGUGGGGACUCACCUGGAGCUCCCGGGGCGCCUCCCAUGCGGACCGGGCAGCGGGGCCCGCUCUCCACGCAGGGCGUACAAAGGGGCUGUGGGAGCGACAAUAAAACAACAGCAGCGCGUGGGUUUAAAGCGCGU